AUGCUCCCAAGUUCUGAGCACAGUGAGUGUCUUACAGAGAGAACUGAAUUUGUUUUAUUUCAGGAAAGUGAACCGGAGGAGAAGCUGUAUUCCUGCCCUGAGUGCGGGAAAUGUUUCCCGUACAAAUCACUCCUUCUCAGACACGAGAGCGCUCACACGGGGAAGGGGCCGUUUUCCUGCUGGGAGUGCGGGAAAUGUUUUUUAUACAAAUCGGCUCUCGUCAUCCAUGAAAUGAUUCACACGGGAGAGAAGCCAUACUCGUGUUCCCAGUGCCAGAAACGGUUUAACCGCAAAUCUACUCUUAGCCGCCACGAAAUCCUGCACACGGGGGACAAGUCCUAUUCCUGUUCCGUAUGCGGCAAAUGCUUUUCCCAGAGACUGCAUCUACAAAAGCACGACCGAGUCCACACCGGGGAGAGGCCGUUUCCCUGUGCAGAGUGCGGGAAACGUUUCUUCCAGCAAUCGGAUCUUAACAGACACGAGAGGGUUCACACGGGGCUGAAGCCGUAUUCCUGCUCCCUGUGCGGGAAAUGUUUUUCCCAGAAGUCUAUUCUUACCAGACACGAACGAGUUCACAUCGGGGAGAAGCCAGAUUGA